AUGCGAUUAUUUAAAGCACGUAAAUCCGUCGUCGAUGCCAAUGCAGCAGUAACAUCCGAGCAGGCUCCAUUACAACAAACACAAACUAAUUGUAAUGAAAAUAACAACUUAUCGGAUUGCAUUCAGCAAAAUCGUCAUUUGCCAUACAACACGAAUAAUCGUCAGAUAACAACAAAUGUAAAUAACGAAAUUUGUGUUAAUGCGAACAAUAAUAAUAAUAACAGUGAAAAUGGUGCACCAUCCGCGAAAACAGCAUCCGAACCACAAAUUACGCAUGAAAAUAAUAUUAUUAAUAAUAAUUGCAAUAAAUCUAGUGCGAAUAGUGCCAGCAGCAGCUCAAUAAAUGCUGCAGUAAAUCACGAAAAAAUUGAUAAAAAUCAUAAAAAAUUAACAUUGUUAAAUCAUGUGAGCAAUAAUAAUCAUUUGAAGUUCGAUAUUCGCCGAAAAUCCAUGAUUGAGACAUCGAGCACGAUAAAAAUGCUCGAAAGUUGCGUCGAUGCGAAUUUCCCCUUGGCUGCCAUGCAACAACAAAAUGGAUAUGUGCCCGGAUAUAAAGUUGUCACGGCAGUACCUGUCAUGGUAACGGAUGACGAACCGACAAAGGAGACCAACAAAAAAGUUUUUACAUGGGGCAGAAAGAUGAGCAAAAAAUUGGAUUUACUCAGGCGACACGACUCACAAAAGCAAUCAACAACUCCGUUACAAGCGAAAAACGAAUCAUCGGGCUCAUCAACACUUCCGGCAAAUUUUGGGGACUCUCUUCGAAGUAGCGGAAGCAAAAAAGGACCUUUUCGCAUGAGUUCUUUCCCCUCUGAGAGUCUUCGGAUGCCACGAGAACAAUCUCCAAGUACUCUGAGGUCAUUUUUUCAUCGCAUCGGAUCAACGGGAAUGCUCAAUAGCAAGUCUUCGGGUCAUUUAAAGGCAGAAAGCGGCGAAAAACCCUUGAAAAAAGAGCCUUCUGUGCAACUUUAUCGCAGUAGUUCGACAAGUCAACUCAAUACAUGCUCUUAUAUCAAAUGCGAUGAUCCCACAGACGGCGUAAAUCUCGCAAGUAAACGUGCGGAAAUGAGUCCCGUUGACGAAAGAAGCGACACGGAGUCAAUUAGUUCGCCGGAAAAGUCCUCCAGUUGCACGGAUAUCAAUAAAAUGGCAAAUACCGAGAAAAAGGGACAUUUCCCAUACGCGUUCUUGCGAUCAAAAUUAUCUGUGUUGCCCGAAGAGAACGGAGGUUCGGUCCUAAAUCAACAACGGCUGAAAGAAAAUAUCAUGAAAGCCGGGCAUCGAGGUUCAAUUAUUAGUUUACGUUCGGAAAUCGAUAAUUUAUCAAUUUCUGACUCGAAUUCCAACAUAAAUGAAACAACUUUUGACGAACCAAAGACACGAAAUUCCCUCUCGUCGAACGAAAGUCCCAAAAGUGUCGGGACAACAGUUAAAGAUUGGGAUACGCAACUUUAUCAAAGGCUCAGUAGUUGUUUGAGCUCCAAUGAAUCGGGAUACGAUAGCGACGGAAGGCACACAGAUGAAACGGGACUCGUGAAUUUUUCAAAAACAUCCGAUGCGUACAUCGAAGCGAUACGGAAUACGGAUGCGACGUAUGCUUUUGGCAGUAGAAGACGACUUUCGUCGGCAAGUUCGAGCUCGUCGACGAUGAAUUUUGAUCCGAGUAGCGUGAAGAGACGUUUUCGGCAAGUGAUGUUGGAGAAAAAGAUGCCAGAUGAUGUUGUUGGGGUGACGUUGGCGCCGCAAACGAUCAAAAAUGAGGAUAAUGAGCUCGAAACGAGAUAUGUCGUGUUGGAGAUUGAUCCUAAUGGAAUAGCAAAUAGAGAUGGGCGCCUCAGAACGGGUGAUGAGGUUGUAAAUGUCAACGGACAACAUUUACGCGGUCUUCAAUCUCCGAGCCAUGUGCAACGAAUUAUCUCAACCUUUGUCAACAAUCGCGUAGACCUCGUCAUAUCGCAUGACGAGUUAACUACCGUGAGUUCCGAAAAUCAGCGAAAAAUAAAUCUGGAUGCGACGUUGGGUGAAUCGAGUACAGAUCCGGCGGAAAGUAUCAACAAACAGCAAGAAAUAAAAAUCGGCGAACGUACACGUCGUUCGUUGUCGAUGACGCCCUUGCAUAAUCCAUGCGAAUAUGUUCCGGUGUACGCGAAUCGCAUUACCAUCAAAAACGGCGGCGACGACUUCGAAAUGCACCAACAACAGCAUCGUCUUGGCACGAAAAACGUGGAUGCGGAACCGGAAAAGAAGGAAUUUUUCAUCCGAAAUGCCGCGUCGCAUCAAAAUUCGCGGAAAUUCCAAAGAAAUUUGCAAUCGGCACACAAUCGAAGGUCGCUUUAUUGCGAAAAUAGCGCCUCGUCGCCUUCUUCCUUCGACAUCGGGAACGGGAAUGAAGCGAUUUACAAUUUAUAUCGCCCGGCGUCGUACUCACAUCUCGUCGAUGCAUCGACGUCAACCUCUCCAAAGCGAUUUUCCGACAACAACUACGGAAAUCUCGUUAAAUUGAAUCAAUUAGGAGACAAAUCAACUACUGUAAUAAUUAAAUCGAGUGAUCUCAAUUAUCGUUCAAUUAAGUUGAAGAAGCGGGAGAAACAAUUAAAAUUGUCGUCGUCGUCGGAAGAAGACCCCAUCGAACGUUGCGACGACGUCAUUACCGUAAAUGGGGGAUUGCAUCGGGCACGCACCGAAGAAAAUAUCAGCAAUAUUGUCGUCGAUGACGAGCCAAUUACUCAAAAUUCGUUGAACAAACAACGCAGCGACAUGAAAAGUUGCGAAGUACUGAGUCGCAAUUGUGACGAAAAUGACGACGACGAGAAGCAAAACGAUAAUCGAAUCAGAAUUUUAGUUAAUGAGCAUUCUUCGGUCUCUCAUCCAACGACUAGCAGUUAUGUCGAAGGUCUUCACAAAUGCACUCUUUUGACGGUUACUUUUUACAAAGGCCCUGGAAUGAAAUCUCUUGGAUUCAGUAUCGUUGGAGGAAAGGACUCAGCUAAAGGUAGCAUCGGAAUUUACGUUAAGACAAUCAUACCGAAUGGGCAAGCAGCGAUGGAUGGCACUUUACUGGCAGGUGAUGAAAUAAUGUCAAUUAACGAUCACUCUUUGCAAGGAAUGUCGCAUGCUGAAACAAUUUCUCUCUUCAAAAGCAUCAAGGAAGGACCUGUAGUGUUGAAAGUCGCUCGAAGAAGAUAUUUACGAGCCAAAUCAAUGGACAACAUCCAAGAUUAAACGAGAAUCCUUCAGACAUGCAGAAGAGAAGAAAAAAUAAUUCAAAAUUAACCAAAAAAUAAAUUUUAAAGAAAAAUCACCCUUAGCACUUAAUUUUAAAUUUACAAUAAUUCGUACUAAAUCCACGCAUCUAGUCAAAUAAUGUUGCUUUGAUUUAUUUGAAGAAAAGAAAAAAAAUUAAAAAAAAAACAUAAAUAGACCUGAUUAAUUCUUAAAAAAAAAAAUAUUUUAUU